AUGGCUAGAGGAACAUUUCUGGGGAGGUCGCGUACAAUUCGGCAGGCGGAGGCUGGCUCUUCCCCUACAUCAAAGCACCCUGAUAUGCUGCCACGGAAAGAUCAGAAAUGUAUCGAGGAUGGCGCAAAUAAAGGCCGCCCGGCGCCUCAUGUGAAUCGGAGCUUUCAUCGCCCAGGGGUAUCUGAGGGGCACCAGCAGAAGAAGAUGCAAGCCAUGAGCCCUAUCAACACCGAGGCUCCCCCGCUUCUUUCUUCCCCAGUGUCGUCACCCGUCAGCACUGAUAAUGACAUGAAUGGAAGUCUUAUCGGCGUCGCGUUGGGUAGUCCCCGUAUGAUCGACCCGCAAGUUCCCACGUCACAGAUGCAGGAGACGGUUCCUGUCAAACCGGCAGAACCCCAGACGCGACCCUCUUUGCAGCGCAAGCCAAGCAAAUGGAAGAAGAUUGGUGGCCUCUUCAAGGCCAAGGCCGCCAUGACAACCCCUCCAAAUCAGCCGUUCUAUCAGGUCCGGCUAGAAAACGAAUGGCCAAUGCAAGGCUCGACUUAUUCAUUCGACCAGCAGCCAAAGACCCAGUCUUCAGGCCACGAGAAUCCUGCCAGUCCCACCUCAGGCACAGACGCAUGGCCAUCUCUAGUACCGGAAAUCCAGACUUCCACACAGGAGCCACAACAGUCUCACGCGGAUGCGACCAGUGGUUCGCCCCCAGAGAAGGAACAGUCUCUUGGAUCUGGACCCUUGCUCCAGGUUGACAUUCCUGACAUUCAGCUGGAGCGAUACAGCGUCAUGUUUGGAGGAGUUCUCAAGAAGAACAGGCUAUCUGCCAUGAGUAGACGCAGCAAGAAUUUGGAAGACAGCAACUCUCCAACUGAACAGGACACCCAUCACUCGCCAACCCCGACACGGUCGAAAUCCCCCAGUCCCAGCUUCAGCCUGUUCCCGGCGACCAGAACCAGCAAGGCCUCGAAGGUCUUGGGAAGCCAGAAUGUUCCUCGCGGUCCCAGCCCAAUCCAUAAGAGCCAAACGUCCCUGGGGGAAUCGAAUCAAGAAAAUCUGUCGGAAAAGAAUAGCGUGGUCCUUAUGGUCCACAGCACCCAGCCGUCCCAUAAGCAACAGAACUCGGUGUCUUCAUUUCUUUCCUCUACGACCAUUGGUUCCGAGGACGAACGGCUCCUCUUGCAAAAAUUAGGUCCUGUCCGCUCCUACUUUGACGCAAGGGAACCAGAAUGGGAGAUCAUCAACAAGAAGCCUACAGCAAAGGAACCCGUGCGCGAAUCACCUCCACCGCUAAGGAUCGAUACGCAGAUGGAUUCGCCCCGAACAGCUAGCUAUGCAUCAUCAACUCUGUCUGAAUCGUCAGACACGCCUGUCGAUGCGCCCCGACAAAGAAACGAGGUCCCAUCCCCGGCAAGCAGACGCACCUCCCCAACCUCACCAAGACCUAAGCCCUCCGGGGUCGCCCAAAAGGACAGCAACCCAUCCGACCCAGAAAACCCCGUUCCUACCGUCGAAAUCUCAAUCGCACGAUCCGUCUCCGUCUCGAAAGGAAGAAGGCAGGUCCUUGUACCUAUCAGGCCACGGCCAGACCGUUUGGAUCCCAAUGAGCGUGUCGGCGACAAGAAGGGAAAAGCGCCCCAGGUUAUGGAAGCUGAUCGCAGCCAUCUCCCUGGACGAUCACAGGAGGUACUCGUUGACACCAUCUAA